AUGUCGGCAGCGGAGCCAGGGAGAGAUGGGAACCACACUGUGGUGAUGGAAUUCCUCUUGCUGGGCUUUGGAAGAGGUACGGGGCUCCAGCUAGUCCCUUUUGUGACGUUCCUGGUGAUUUACACGAUAACGGUGCUGGGGAACGCCGUCCUGGUCCUCACCAUUGCCACUGAUGCUCGCCUCCACACCCCCAUGUACUUCUUCCUCUUGAACUUGUCUUUCAUAGACUUCUGCUACUCCUCCGUCAUUGCCCCAAGAGCCAUGGUGAGCUUCCUUUCACAGAGCAAAACGAUUUCCUAUAGUGGAUGUGCCACCCAAUUGGUCUUCUUUGCUUUCUUUAUCACCACUGAGGCAUUCAUCCUAUCAGCCAUGGCGUACGACCGUUACGCCGCCAUCUGCAACCCGCUCCUGUAUCCCAUCACCAUGUCCAAGUCCGUCUGCAUUCAGCUGGUGGUGGGGUCCUAUAUCUGCGGCAGUGUGAACUGCGUAGUGCAAACUGGCUUCACCUUUACUCUGCCCUUCUGUGGUCCGAAUAAGAUUGAUCAUUUCUUCUGUGAUUUUCCACCCCUGCUAAACCUCUCGUGCACUGACACCUACAUCAAUCAAAUGGUGCUAUUUGCCUUCUCUAGCCUCAUCAUAGUCAUCACUUCCUUGAUCAUUCUUGUCUCCUAUGUCUAUAUCAUCUUGUCUGUCCUGCACAUACGCUCGGCCACCGGCCGGCAGAAGACCUUCUCCACCUGCUCCUCCCACCUGGUGGCUGUGAGUAUAUUUUAUGGGACCGUUACCUUCAUGUACGCCCAGCCAAGUUCCCUCUCCUCCCCGGAGCAGAGCAAAGUGGUGUCCGUGUUUUACACACUGGUCAUCCCCAUGUUGAAUCCCUUCAUCUACAGCCUGAGGAACAAAGACGUGAAAAACGGUUUGAGAAGAACAAUUGGUUGGAUCGUGGUCUGGAAAUGA